GUUACAGGAUCAAACAUGGGUAUGUACGGUGGCAAUGACCCUCGCCUUGAGGAAAAGGCGGACAUGAAACAAGUGAAUAAGAAACUAGCAGAUUAUAUACAGCAAGUGCGUAACCUCGGGCCCCCGGGGGAGGGGGAUUCCUCAAGAUUCUUAGACACCCUUCGUUCCAUGGAGAAUGAUCUACAAAAAAUGAAAUCAAUGUACGAAAAUGAGCUAGAAAAAUGCAGAAAGAAACUUGAAGAAUCAGAUCGACAGAAGAAUAUGGCCCUGUCUGAAAUUGAAGCAAACAAACGAGCAGCUAAAGAUUUCGAGGAUAGGUUCCGUUGUGAAGGUGAUAAGAACCGGAAGUUGAUGAACGACAUAAACUGUCUGCAAAAGAAGGUUUCUGACCUUGAACGAGAGCUUGCCAAUGUCAAAUCAUCAGCGCAGGGGCCGCAGACACUUCUAUCUAACAUGCAGAGUGACUUAAACAGGGAGCAAAACAAGAACAAACAGCUUUCAAACGAGUUAGAUAAGGAAAAGACGAAGAGUAAACAAUUGGAAGACAGAGUUAAAACGCUACAGGAAAAAGUUAACUUUAACGAUGAACUAUCGAAUGAACAGAUGAAGGACAAUGCAAAACGUCUUGAACAUGCAAAGAAGGUGAUCAGUGAUUUAGAGGCAAAGAAUCGUGAGUUGGAGAAACAAUGCGCAAGCAUUCCUGACGCCCUAGAAAAAAUGAAAAAGAAGACGGAACAAGAAUUGCAAAAAUACAAGGACGACAUGGAGAAGGACAACAAAAGAAACAACGACACUAUCAGGUCUCAACUAAACGACCAGAGCCGAACUAUCGAACAACUAAAAGCUGACAAUGCUAAACUUGAAACCGAAAAUCAGAGGCUGAUGGGAGUUUUGAGGAAACUAGAAGGUCAAGUUAAAGAUCUGACCAAGGAGAAAGCGGCACUGGAAGAACAGAUGCGGCUUGAGAGGAGUAAAGCGUGCGAGCAAGUUCGAAUUCUUGAAAGAAAACUUAAAGAACUGCAGGAUCAACUGAUUGACAAGAUGCAAGAAGUAAACACUGGCAGAGAUGCUCAAGUUUCCCUACGAGAAGAAAUACAGCACGCACAACUUCUUCUGGAAAUGGAACAAAACAGGUUGAAUGCAAGACAGAAUAGUGACAUGACUGGUAAUAGUAGAGGUAACCUAAGUUCUGCAGCUAGCAGUCAGUACGGGUAUACAAGAGGUGGUCUAGAAUCAUCCGGUUCUGAUAGAUGUGGUGGGGACAGUGGUAAACUGGCUGCUUCAAAGAUUACUGGGCGCAGGAAUGAACAGAGGACAGAGUACCAAUCUGCUCACAAAGGACGUAAUCCCUAUGGAAGUUACGGCAGGUCCAACAGAGGGGGGCUUCCUCAACUUGGAUCAUGUCGGGGUGGCGCUAGUAAUGGUGGAUUACGAUGCAGUAUGCCUAAUUAAACUAGCUACAUGGAUGUUAGAAACAGCAAACAGCUAUCUUAAUAAAUUUAUUGACAUUCUUAAAUACAAAGGGAUCAAUAAGUUUGACUACAUUUACAUAUAGAUUAUUAAUUGCUUACAUUUAGAUAUGUUAUUAUCAACUUUGAUUACAAGUGCUUACAUGUAACUAUAUAUGUAUGUACCUUUAGUUAAUGAUUUAUGCUUGAACAGUUUCAAGUUAAGAAACCUCUCAAAUACAAUAUAAAGUGAGAUAAGAGUAUAUGAGUCACGCAGCAAAAAAAUAAUAUGAGCCG